UCUUCGUAUCCGUCCUGCUCUGAAUAUACCCAGAUCUUCUACCAUCGCGCUUAUGGUUGCUGCUCCAACCACCUUUACUUCCCAGGACUACAUCUCAGACCACCUGUGGAAGGCAUCGAUCAACUGAAAGCCUGCCCACCGUACCAUACAGACGAACACUACCACCGAACAAACCGAACAAACCCUACCCAGCAUGUUGUCGCAGAUCCUCACCCCUUCCGCUAUGCGGUCCGCAAGUGUCUUGGGCAAAGUGACCCGGACCCACGCACAGGCACGUUACUUGGCCACCGUACAGACUCAGGCACCGCGCCAAGUCCCAUCGCCUGCGCGAAAGGCAACCCCCAUCUCGACAGAGCGGGCUACAUUCACAAUCAAGAAUGGACCCAUCUUCUCCGGCAAGUCGUUUGGCGCCAAAGCCAACAUCUCCGGCGAGGCAGUCUUCACCACGUCGCUUGUGGGAUACCCCGAGUCGAUGACUGAUCCCUCCUACCGUGGUCAGAUCCUCGUCUUCACCCAGCCACUGAUUGGCAACUACGGAGUUCCGUCCGCCGCCCGCGACGAGCACGGCUUGCUCCGAUACUUCGAGUCUCCCAACAUCCAGGCCUCCGGUAUCGUCGUCCAGGACUACGCUAUGAAGCACAGCCACUGGACUGCAGUCGAGUCGCUUGCCGAGUGGUGCGCUCGCGAGGGUGUCCCCGCCAUCUCUGGCGUCGAUACGCGUGAGGUAGUGACAUACCUCCGUGAGCGGGGUUCUUCUCUGGCCCGCAUCACCAUCGGCGAGGAGUACGAUGCCGACGAGGACGAAGCUUACGUUGACCCCGAGGCUAUCAACCUUGUCCGCCGUGUGUCCACCAAGGCUCCGUUCCACGUCAGCUCCUCGCUCGGCGACAUGCACGUUGCUCUGAUCGACUGCGGUGUCAAGGAGAACAUCCUGCGCAGCCUCGUUUCCCGCGGCGCCAGCGUCACCUGCUUCCCCUUCGACUACCCCAUCCACAAGGUCGCCCACCACUUCGACGGCGUCUUCAUCUCCAACGGUCCCGGCGACCCCACUCACUGCACAUCCACCGUGUACAACCUUCGCAAGCUGUUCGAAACUUCGCAGAUCCCCGUCAUGGGCAUAUGUAUGGGCCACCAGCUGAUCGCCCUCGCGGCUGGCGCCAAGACGAUCAAGCUCAAGUACGGCAACCGCGCGCACAACAUCCCCGCUCUCGACCUGACGACGGGCAAGUGCCAUAUCACAUCGCAAAACCACGGGUACGCCAUCGACCCUACGACGCUCUCCAGCGAGUGGCGCGAGUACUUUACGAACCUCAACGACCAGUCGAACGAGGGGCUGAUCCACAACUCGCGCCCCAUCUUCAGCGCGCAGUUCCAUCCCGAGGCCAAGGGCGGCCCGCUCGACUCUGCGUACCUCUUCGACAAGUACGUUGAGAAUGUGCAGACGUACAAGAACCACCAGGCAUCUUUCUCGGACAGGAACAACAAGCCCAGCCCGUUGUUGGUUGAUUUGCUCAGCAAGGAGCGUGUUGGUGUGCACCCCGCGAUUCCAGAGUUUGAGGGACAUGCGGCGGGCAAGGUGGAGCCUGAGACGGAGGCUGGCGGACCUGUUGCGCCUUCUUACAAGCCCAUCACUGCUUCUGCUUAGGGGGUGGGAUGGCGUGGUAAUGGAGAGUUUUAUAGGGUCAGAUUAUGAAGGGGAAUUUGGUUUGGGUUGUCUUUGGAGUUUU